AUGGGGCCAUUCGUUGUGAUCAGCAUCGCGGCAUCGUCAAUCCUGAACACGGUCCGAGCGAACCAGUGGUUCAUCCCAAGAUGGCAGAGGUGGCCAAGUCCAGAACAAGAGCGCACAGAGUAUGAUGAACAGAAAUGGGAAGGUGCAGAGUCCUUGGUCAGCAGCCGCCCGAUUUCCGUCCAUUUGACAGGUCGUCGUUGUAACAUCGUCAUGGCAGAGGAAGAGUGCACGGGCCAUAUCCAACCUGAGCACGAGCCAGCGGCGUCGGCAGCAUUCUGA